AUGAGUUGGAACUUGUUGGAGCGCUUUAUCGAGUCGGAUCAUUUCAACGAGGAUCCCUCGCUCAGCGUCGCCUACCUGUCUCGAUAUGCCGACCACGUCGGCAUCCACUAUGUGCUCUGCUCGAAGCUGCGCCGCUUCUCCUACGACGAGAUCGAGUUCUUCCUGCCCCAGCUAUGCCAUCUCCUCAUCUCCGUCGACAACGAGUCGAUGGCCCUUGAAGAAUUCAUCAUAGAUCUGUGCGAGGAAUCAGUCAAUGCCGCCCUGCUUACCUUCUGGCUGUUCCAGACCUAUCUCCACGAUCUCGCCGGCAACCCGCAAUCCAACGCCUUCAAGACAUGUCGUCGUCUGUACAACAAGGUUCAGCGCAUCGUCUUCGGCGCCUCGGAGCCCGCCAACCGCGAGCGCAUAAGGGGCAAUGUGCUGCCCGUCACCGUUCUUUCGAGUCUCAUCCUUGCCAGCGUCGCCGCCCCGUUCCUUCCCCGCCAUGCUGGCCCAUUGGCCGUCGCCCAGGCCCGCAAACCGAGAGUGACGACCGAGACCAUAUCAGACGCCUCCCAGACUCAGACUCAGAAGGUGGCUCGUAGCAACACCGUGGCAGGCGCUUCGCCCCGCCCACGGAAGCCAAGGCCGCAGUCUGUCGUCCUGGAGCCUACCGAGCCCGAAUCCCCCAUGUCGCCCAAGCGCCACUCGACCGUGCCUGCCCUGGAGAUCCAGUCGAGCCCGUCAAGGCAAAGCCCGAAGACGCCGCGAGCUGCCUCGGCCGCCCACCGGCCCUCCCUUCUCAACGUCGCGAAAGAAGCACGCAUGAGCUCCUCGUCUCUGCCUGAUUUUCGCAGUUCUAGCGUCUCUCCGAUCCCGGACCCCCCGCCAACCGCCGGCCUUCCGCCGCGUCCAAGUGAGCUUGCGCCGCGCCGCGAACCCCGUGCCCCCCGACCCCUCAGUCCGAGCGCCCUCUCUCGAUCGCAGAAGAUCCGAAUCUUGCGCUCCAACUAUUUCCGGAGUCAAACUCAGUUCUUGAGUGCGCUGGAGGAUAUUUCGAACAGAUUGGUCAUUGUUCCGAAGCCUGCACGCCUCAGUGCGCUGCGCGCCGAGCUGGCGUUGAUAGCUCAAGACCUCCCUGCCGAGGUCGACAUCCCCAUCAUCUGUCCCCCAACUCUGAAGGAUGGAGCUGCAGCCCACAGCCAACACCAUAGGAUCGUCCGUCUCAAUCCGGCAGAGGCUACCAGCCUGAACAGCGCAGAGCGUGUUCCGUAUCUUCUGAUGGUGGAGGUGCUUCGAGAAGACUUUGAUUUUGAUCCCGACACGGAAGCCAAUCAAACAUUGCUCACCCGGCUGCUCGCCGAAAAGGGAAUCAACAAGCGCCGCUUGUUCGAUCUUUCGGACUCGUCACGGCAGGCGAUCAUUCCGGACAAACCGCCUGACCCGGGUGUUGACAGCGUGUUCGAGCCAACCGAUGGCGACCUUGGAAGCAAGGAUCUCCUCAUCAAGGAUCCUGCCGAAGAGGAGCUUGCGAACGGCAUGGCGAAGACGGCAUUGGCGGGUAACGGAUACAGCAGUGGCGUCAGAGUCAACCCUGCACGAUCGUCAAGCGGUGCGCACACGCUGUCUUCGGUGGGCACGGCGUCAACCCCUCGAUCGUCCGACAUGGAGACCAGCCGGACUAGCAGCCCGGUCCCGCGUAAGAUGACCUUGCCGAUGCCCAAUCGGGCGCAGGGCCCGGAUCAACCGGAUUUCUCUGCCCUGGCCACGCACAUGCGCACUGCGGCACAGAUGCUCGCGCAGCUAGAGGCUAGUGGGUCGAAGCGGCCGAAAACGGAAGUCGCCUCGAUCAAGUCGAAAAUCAUCGCAAGCAUGCAGAGCCUGGAGGAACAAAGCUUCUAUAUGGAUGAGACACCCACGUUCGACAGCAUCAUGGCCGAGCCCAAGGCGCAACCGUUGACGGCCGAACCAGAGGACCUUGAGGACGCAGCUGCGGAUCCGAACGCGAGCAACAGUGCUGGUGCGGCACGAAUGGAAAACGACUCCAAGACGGGAGGCAUCCAGCGCAAGGGCGAUCGCGAUGACCCGAGCGCUGCAACGUUUGGCGAGGAGUGGAAGGCCAAGAAGGAACGCAUUAGGCGGUCUUCGCCUUACGGAUGGAUGCAGAACUGGGAUCUCAUCAGCGUAAUUGUCAAGACUGGUGCCGAUCUUCGCCAAGAAGCGUUUGCCUGCCAGCUUAUCCAAGUGUGCAGCAAGAUUUGGCAAGAUGCCGAGGUGCCCGUGUGGGUGAAAAGCAUGCGCAUCUUGGUGACGGGCGAGUCGUCGGGUCUCAUCGAGACAAUCACCAAUGGCGUCUCACUGCACUCGCUCAAGCGCAGCUUGACCCUUGCUAGUAUUGCUGCAGGCACCAACCCCCGCAAGCGCAUUGCCACGCUACGGGACCAUUUCGUACGGACGUUUGGCGAACCAGACAACGAGGUUCACGUUGCAGCAGUGGAUGCGUUUGCUCGCUCACUUGCAGCGUACAGCAUCGUAUGCUACGUGUUGCAGCUCAAGGACAGACACAACGGCAAUCUUCUCAUCGACAACCAAGGCCACAUCGUCCACAUCGAUUUCGGCUUCAUGCUGUCCAACAGUCCGGGCAGCAUGGGGUUCGAGGCUGCGCCGUUCAAGCUAACGCAGGAGUACGUGGACGUGCUCGGUGGCGUGGGAAGCCCGGGCUUUAACCUCUUCAAGAGCCUCUGCAAGCAAGCCUUCCAGGCGCUUCGGAAGGAUGCUGAGAGGAUCGUGAUGCUGGUGGAGAUGAUGGGCAAGGCCAGCCAGAUGCCGUGCUUCGCGGCGGGUACGCAGCAAGCCGUGGCAGCGCUGCGGUCAAGGUUCAUGCUGCAGCUGAGCAAAGAGGAGGCAGAGUUCUUUGUGGAUGAUCUCAUCGCGAAGAGUAUUGGAAGCUACUACACGAGGCUAUAUGACACUUUCCAGUACCGUACGCAAGGCAUUUACUGA